AUGGAUACAAUUGUCGAAGUACAUUCUGUAACACGGACAACUCAAAAACAAACAAAUAAAAAAUCUCAUGAAAAAAUUGAUAUGAAUCGUAUAGAUUAUAUAACAAAUAUAUUUACUGAAGUUAAAUCACAAUUACAUGCUCGUCUUGUAACAAGUGUUCUUGAUAUUGUAAAAAAGAAUGAUAAAUUUCGUCGUAUAACAAAUCGAUGUUUUGAACAUAUUUCAAUAAUGGCUUUAUGUAUGGAUUCGAAUAUAUCUGAACAUACACAUUUAUUUGAUGAACUUCAUGAACAAUUAUCUUCAAAAUUUAAGUCUAUUGUUAUAAGAUUACAAAAUACCGAACAAUAUUCAUCUAUUCAUAAUAUGCUUAAAGCUACAAAUAUUGAAUUAAAUAAAUUUUAUUCAGAAAAAGAUAAUGAAAAUAAAAAUAUUUAUUUUCAAUUAAGUAAAUUUAUUACAAAUUAUAAUCAGUUAAAAGAAAAUGAAAAACGUUCAUUAAUUUUUAUUAUACCAGAAUUUGAAUCAAUUAAUAUAACAAUAUUUGAAAAUUUUAUUAAUUUACUUAGUUUACAAAUAAAAUCAAUUUCAAUAUCAUUUGUACUUGGUUUAUCAGGUGGUGAUCAUUCAUUACAACGAGUUGCAUCAAGUCGUAUUGCAUCAAAAUUAUCUAUUGAUACAAUUUAUGAUUCUAGUGCAAGAAAAUAUUAUGAAUAUAUUAUUAAAUCAUUAUUUCUUUCAGAAAAUAAUAAUCAUAAUCAAUUUACAAUAACAGCUGAACAACUUCAGUUUAUUGAUAAUGGUUAUUUUGAAACAUUUUCAUUAGCAUGGCUUGAACAUGCUCUUAAAUUUAUUGCUUUUUCUGAAACAAAUUCUCAACAAACAAAUCAACUUAACAUUUGUCUAUUCAAUGCUAUAUAUGUUUCAUGUAAUCAAUUACCAAAUUAUCCACUUGGUCGUUAUCGUUCAUCAUUUUAUGCAUCAUAUCUAUCAAAUACUCCUAUUUUUAAUGAAUUAACAUUAUCCAUAAAUUCAUCUACAGUUCAUCAACUUCAUACAUGUCUUAAUUCAUUUAUUGAACAUAAAUGUAAUGGAAAUAAUUUAUGUAUGAAAUAUUGUCAAUUAGCUAAAAAGAUUUUUAUUGAACAACAACAAUCUAUUGUUGAUGAUACACAAUCAUUAAGUAAUACAUUACGUUCAGUUGGUGAUAGAAAAUUAAAUCGUUAUCGUGAACAAGUUUUUCUAUGGUUUAAACAAAUUUGUGAAAUAUUUAUAUUACCAAUAAUAAAUACUUCAACUAAAAUAAAUAAUAAUCUUUUACAUGAAAGAUUAAUACCUAUGACUCGUGGAAUAUUUAUUCGAGAAUUAAUAGAUACUCAACAUUGGACACGAGAACAAACACCUGAUUUAGCAUUACUUUAUCGUAUUUAUUCAGAAUCUGGUACUAAAAUUCCACUUAGUGAUUGGUUUGAUUCAUUUGCAGUAUUAUUAGAAGGACAAGAAAUCAUUGUUAAUGAUAAAGAUAAAUCAAUAUUAGCACGUUUUAUUCAUGGUUUAGCUGAACUUGAUUAUCUUGGUUUUACAAAAAUAUCAUUACAACGUUCAUAUCAUGCGACAAAAUUAACUUGGGAUAGUUAG